GUCUCCACCUGUCUUCACAGAGCAGAGGAAAAGAGCCCAGCCCACAGCUAGCGCUUGGAAGCCUAGACCAGACUGGCCACAUCUGCCACAUCACCCACGACCUGCUAGCAUGGCCGACCAGCUUACUGAGGAGCAAAUCGCCGAAUUCAAAGAGGCUUUCUCUCUGUUUGACAAGGAUGGGGAUGGCAGUAUCACCACCCAAGAACUGGGCACUGUCAUGCGGUCCCUGGGUCAGAACCCCACAGAGGCUGAGCUUCAAGGCAUGGUGAAUGAAAUUGACAAGGAUGGAAACGGCACCGUGGACUUCCCCGAGUUCCUGACAAUGAUGUCCAGGAAGAUGAAAGACACUGACAGCGAGGAGGAGAUCCGGGAGGCCUUCCGAGUGUUCGACAAGGAUGGCAAUGGCUUCGUCAGUGCAGCCGAGCUGAGGCACGUGAUGACCAAGCUGGGGGAGAAGCUGAGCGAUGAGGAGGUGGACGAAAUGAUACAGGCGGCAGAUACAGAUGGUGAUGGGCAAGUGAACUAUGAGGAGUUUGUCCACAUGCUAGUGUCCAAAUGAGGCUGUGCCACAGACUGGCAUAGCCAGGUGCCCAUGAGGCUCCUGGGCUACAAGCUAGGCUGGAUAAUAGCUGUCCUCCCGUUGGUGAGAAUCUUACUCAGGCCUUAGAUGUCUUUCCCUGUUUCCUUGGGGCUCUAUGGACUGCAUCCACAAGUCUACCUUUCAAUUUCUGCAUCUUAUUCUGCCAGCUUCACACCAGUUCUUUCCCCUUGACUGAGAAUGCCUCCAGCUGAGACAGGCAUCAACUCCUCCUAGCCCUCAAGAGCUGAAGCAGAACGUCCCAUCUCCGCAUGGACAAUGAGCAAAGAACCCAGGCUCCUAUUUGUUUCCUUUCUUUCCUUUUCUUCUCCCUCCCCCCACCCCCACCCCGUUUCCAACAGAAGUGAUCAACUCUAGGCCUACUUCCAGCAGGAAUCUCCAUUUGUAUUAGUGUGGGGAUAUGUGUGGGGGGAAGGUGGGGGUAAGGUGUCACCUGCAUGCAACGCUUUGCAUCAAGGUGGCCUGUGGCCAUCAGUUUGUACAUCAUAGUACUUAGGCAUCUUUGGCUGAAGACUGCGUCUGCUGGAUUUGGGCAUGGGGAUGAUGGGUGAUGGUGAAGAUUUGGAUGAUUGAGGUCAGGCUGUCUGGAAAACAGCACUUCCCUUCCACACAGACUUUGCUUAUUCCUGUCUGUCUCCACCAAAGAAACCUCUGUGAUCCUGGUUUUAUGCUUGUUUGUUUGUUUGUUUGUUUUCUGAGCUUAGAGUAGAGCUGGGGGUCAUUGUAACAUGUUUGUAUUCAUCUCAAAGGAAAGAAAUUUAUAUGCAAGAGAGGGGGAAGCUGCAGGGAAAUAAAUAAGUUAAUAAGA